AUGCACACUCGUUUUCUUUUGCUGGCCGCGGCCUCGCUGAUGGGCGCUUGCCUCGUCUCUGCCGACGCGCCCUUUUUCAACGACCUCAACGGCUUCAAUCAAGGGCUACUAGGCCGGUUCCCCAAUCAAACAUUCCGCUCCACUGAUAUAAUUGCACCGCUGUUCCAGGUCAACACUUUCCGCCCAGAUCUCGUUGAUGAGGCGGGUUACAUCUUCUUGACGAUUGAAUUUGACGGUAGAGGGGGCCCAGCGAUAUUCUCCAGCAAGGACCUGAGCCUCGUUUAUGCUGACCUCAACUAUGCCCGGAGCUUCGACGCCCGCGCCCAAGAUCGGAAUGGCAUCACGCACCUCACCUUCAUCGAAAACGGUGACUGUCACGUCUUCAACGAUUCUUACCAGAAGCAAUUUUCGGUUACAGCCAAGGGCCUCGGUCGCACUACCAGGGCCGAUCUCCACGAGUUUCAGUUCACUGGCCAAGGAACCGCCAUCAUGUCGGUGUACCAAGACAUCAAAUACAACAUGACUGCUGUAGGCGGCGAUGACAACGGUCUCUUAACCGAUGCCAUAUUUGAAGAGGUCGAGCUCGAAAACAACCAGGUCCUCAAUCUGUGGAGAGCUUCGAACCAUUUCAACCUCAGCGAUACGUACGUCAAGUAUGGCCCUGACAAGGGUUUCAUGAACUCGGACGGCUUCGAUUGGUUUCACAUCGACAGUAUUUACAAAUCCAGGUACGGCGACUACCUCAUAUCAUCCCGAGCCCUGUCGAUGAUUGCUCUUCUUAAUGGUGAGAGCGGUAAUCCGAAAUGGAUUCUUGGGGGUAAGCACAAUCAGUUCAAGGACCUCAGUGGUGGUAAUGCGACCAAGUUUGCAAAUCAGCACAAUGCGCGGUUCGUCCAGCGAAACGAGAGCCAGAUCAGUUUCUUCGACAACCACGUCCUAGAGACUGGGCCAUGCAACCACACAAACUGCUCCCGAGGAGUGGUAGUGGAACUCGACUACGACGCCAUGACGGCUCAGCUCUUGGGGGAAUUUCGCCAUCCGCAAAAGGUUUCUUCUGGGUCUCAGGGCAGUGUCCAGGCGUUGAAGAACGGCAACUUCCUUGUAGGAUGGGGUUUGAACCCCGGGUUCACGGAACACUUCCCCAACGGAACGGUGGUUAUGGAUGUGCAGCGAGGCGCCUUUCCAAAAGUUGCUGGAGUCGAGCCAGGCGCUGACAUGACGGUGUACCGGGCCUGGAAAAUGAAUUGGGUUGGCCGACCUCAAUGGGGUCCUGAUAUCGCAUCGGUAUCGCAAAACAAUAUGACGACCAAUGCCACCUUCUACGUCUCUUGGAAUGGCAACACCGAGGUUGAUAGAUGGGAAGUGUAUGUCGGCAACGACCCAAUGAACAUCACCCUCUCUCAUGAACGAGUGGGCAACUCAACCCGCAUGGGAUUCGAAACCAUGAUAGUCCUUGAUGGGAAGCAUAUUCCAAGAUACGCCAGAGCAGCCGCCUUCGAUAAACAUGGGGAAGCAGGUAAAGAGCAGAGCGGAAGCCAAAAAGCAGAGGAGCCGGAAUCAAAUGAUGGAAAACCGACUGCUGUGAAGGAACCGGGGCCAUUGGCCCGUCGACUAGAGGAAGCUACAGAGGAGGCCCUUUUCACAGGAGGGAGAGCUGGGCGGCGUGCCAUCGAGGACGCGGGAUUUUCAAAGGAACUCAAGGAGAAGCUACUAAGCAAGAUUGCGGACGCCAAUUUCAGGACGCAAUACUCCGGGGCUUUCACCGAGGCGGACAUGCCAGCGGCCGCGGGAGAGGGCACACGACACAUAGCCACCGGACAACCAUGGACUGGUCAGGAACCAAUAGGGGAUGGAGUUCUACGGAUGUUGGACGACGCCAAGAAGCCCCUAGGGCCAGGCCUGCGAAGCAAGUUCCAGCCGCCACCCGUGGACAUGCGGUUACAGAGGGGACCUUCUAAGUCAGCCGGAGAGAAGGUGGCCACGGCGAGGGAUCGAGCGUCGAUGUACACGGGCAUGGACAUGAAGAGCAAGAAUGGACUGACUGAGGAGGAGAGGGAGAGGUAUCGAAAGGAGCUCAAGGAGCGGUUCGAGCCUGGAUUCCGGGCGAUGCCCAACACAAUAUCCGGGCUUGCUGGGUUGGCCAACGAGCGGAUCGAGAACGCCAUAGCUCGAGGCCAGUUUAAGAAUAUCCCGCGGGGCCCUGGCAUUGAGCGAGAUGCACGGGCAGACAACCCAUUCAUUGAUACGACGGAAUACAUUAUGAACAAGAUGAUCCAACGUCAGGACUUAGUGCCGCCGUGGAUCGAAAAGCAGCAGGAGCUGGUCAAGGCCGUGAGAGUGUUCAGGGCGAGACUACGAAACGACUGGAAGAGACACGCAGCAAGAAUGAUUGCGUCAAAGGGGGGCUCAUUGUUAGACCAGAUGCGGAGGGCAGAAGCAUACGCAGCAGCAGAGCAAGUACAUAACCCAAGAGUGCGGGGCCAGAAGAAGGAGCAGGCGACGACGAGUACGCCGGUGGCGGAGAAAUCAUACUUGGGACUGGCGGUCGAGGAGCUCAACCGGCUGACGCGGAGCUACAACCUGAUGGCGCCAGACCUGGCCAAGAAGGGGUACUUCUCACUGGACCGAGAGCUGCGGGCGUGCUUCGCGGACGUGGCGCCUGAGGUAGCAAAGGAGAUUCAGGUGCGGGCGCUAGGGGGAACUGUGCGGAGCCGUGGGCUGCGGGGGGGCCUUGAGGGGAGGGAUGGGGAUGGGGACUCGAUUGGGGGGAGUGGAGGCAUUCUGGAGCGCAUGUCUGGGGGGAAGAGGACUCAAGUGCAUGUGGAGGCGGAGAAGAAGGCGUAUGGGCUGAAGGAGUGGUGGAAUGACGUGUGGAAGAAGGACUAG